GUGGAGAAUGGGGAUGUGAACUGGAUCGUCCCAGACAAGUUCCUGGCCUUUGCUGGGCCGAGCCCGACCUCCACAGAUGCUGAUGGGUUUCCCGCCUUCACACCAGAGGACUACGUGCCCAUCUUCCGGGAUGCUGGCAUUGGUCUGGUCGUGCGGCUCAACAAGAAGCA